AUGGCGAGCGGUGCUAGUGUGAUGCAGCGGUGCACCGUCGCUGCGAGGUGGUUGAUAAGAGCGUCCUCGACGGAAACGCCGUCUGCUUGUUCCGGCGUAGCAGCUCCGAUAUUGUGCGGUCGUGGUGAUAAAAAGACGAAGAAAGGGAAGAGAUUCAAGGGAUCGUAUGGGAAAUCUCGUCCGAAGAGAGAACAAAUGAUCGAGCGUAUGAAAGAUAAGGUGGAAGUUCCCAGGUCUACUCCUUGGCCUCUUCCUUUCAAGCUCAUUUGA